CACGACGAGGACUUAACCAUAUCACAUUUCCCGAAGACAUGUCUGAACCAGCGUCGGGCGGCAGCGGACAGGAUUUUAGCAGCACGGUCGGGGUGCGACUUGUGUCGCAGCUCCGCACUGGGGAGGAAUGGACCAAAGCGCCGUGCAUUCUUGGCGUCGAUGAAGCCGGACGCGGUCCAGUGCUCGGGCCAAUGGUGUACGCGUGCGCGUUCACCUCUGUUAGCACAGACAUCUCGAGUCGGGGUUACGCGGACUCGAAGACGCUCACGCAUGAGACGCGCGAGAAGCUGUUCAAGGCCAUUGAUGCCGACUCGGGUGUGGGCUGGGUGGCCCACAUCAUGUCGGCGCAGUUCAUCAGCGGACACAUGCUCGGCAGGGACAAGACCAGCCUGAACGCGCUGGCCUUUGACGCCACCUGCGCCAUCAUCCGCCGGGCGCUGGAGUCGGGAGCCAACGUCAAGCAGGUGUACGUGGACACGGUGGGCGACGCCGACCGCCACCGCGACCGCCUCAGCCGCGCCUUCCCCGGCUUGGACUUCACCGUGUGCCCCAAGGCCGACUCGCUGUACCCGAUUGUCAGCGCGGCCAGUAUCGUGGCCAAGGUCAUUCGCGACAAGUCGCUAACGGACAGCCAAAAGAGCCUUGGAUUGACCGGGGAGGUCGGCACAGGCUACCCCGGCGACUCCGCCACCACCACGUGGCUCAAGCAGCACAUGCACCCGCUGUGGGGCUUCCCGCGCCUGGUGCGCCACAGCUGGGAGACCUGCUCGCGCAUGCUGGAGCCGCCCGAGGGCGUGGGUCUCAAGUUUGAGGCGGACGAGCAGGGUGAUGACAAGGACGGCGGCGCGGCGGCGGCGGCGGGGCAGCAGCGCCUGGCGUUUGCGCGGCCGGGCGGCGCGGGCAUGCUGGAGAGCAGCGGCCUGGGGCGGCACACCUUCUUCAGGAUGCGGAAGCUGCAGCGGAUAGCGGAGGCGUUCUGAGACACGCCCAAGCAUUGAGCAACGUGGACUUGAGAGGACAGCUGGAUCUCGUGGACAUGGGCGGACAGCUGACGUGAUGGGACACACGGCAGGAUGACACGGUCCGUGCAGGACGGCGCUUGGGCAUGAGGGCAUCCAGAGGAAUGCUGCGGGCUGCACGUGGUGCGGCAAUGGUCGAGAAUGCUUGUGUUUAUGGCUGCGGCAGGCAGCUUGGCUUGCAUCGGCACGGCGGGCGAUGUGGCAUGUGAAUUGAUAGACCAGAUGAGCAUGCCUUGUCGGUGGCGCACCUGUGAUAUCCAGGGGAUAGUCUCUCCAAGGGGCAGGGGGCGUGGGGAGGGGGAGGGGGAAAGGGCGGUUUUAAGCGGAGCUUCUAGUAAACUUGAACGGAACUUAAGACAGGUUUUGAAGGAGGGAAGCGGAGAAAUAGGCUGGCGAGGAAGCGCAUGCUUGGUAGGCGAAGGCCGAGGAGAGA